UUACCUAGACCUGGCAACCCUGGUGUAUAUGUUAGAUACCUCUCGCUCUGAACAGCGACAACUGACCCCGCGUCCGUCUGUAGACACAGGGCGGCAGCUUUUGCACAACACAGCCAGCUAGGUAGAUUGCUAACGUUAGCUGUAUGAUCUAGCUAGCAUCCAAUAUCUGGUAUAAAACGAUUUUCUCAUUAUUUGACAUUAUCGUUGACAUGUCGGCCUUUUCAGAGGCAGCUUUGGAGAAGAAAUUAUCGGAGCUUAGCAAUUCCCAACAAAGUGUCCAGACUCUGUCACUGUGGCUUAUACAUCAUAGAAAACACUCGAAGACCAUCGUCAACGUUUGGUUCAACGAAUUGAAAAAAGCCAAGGUAUCCAGGAAGCUCACCUUCCUCUACCUCGCCAACGACGUCAUCCAGAACAGCAAGAAGAAAGGACCCGAGUUCACCCAGGACUUUGCUCCUGUCAUUGUUGAUGCCUUCAAACAUGUGUCCAGGGAAGGAGAGGACGGCUGUAAGAAACAGCUGGGCCGGGUUCUGUCCAUCUGGCAGGAGAGAGCUGUGUAUGAAAACAACCUGCUGGACCAGCUCUCACGCGUCCUGCUGGGAGAGAAGAAGGCCAAGAAGAGGCCGUAUGAGGAGAUUCAACUGGAAGACCUGGACUUGGCCUCCCAAAGCUCCCCCGCAGAGCCCCCACAGACGGCAGAGUUAAUCCGGGCCCUGCAGGAGCUGGAGAAUGCAGCCUCUGGGGACUCGGCACUGCGCCAGCGAAUCUCCUCCUUGCCUGCUGAGGUGCAGGACACAUCUCUGCUGCACAGGAUCACGGAUAAAGAGCAGGGUGAGCGCCUGUCCAGGCUGGUGGAGGAGGCGUGCAUGCUGUUGGCGGACUUCAGCGGCCGUUUGGCGGCGGAGAUCGACGACCGGCGGCAGCUCACGCGCACGCUCACCCUGUUUCUACACAGCCAGAGGGACGGCCUGGCCCAGAACGAGCAGAAACUACAAGAGUACAAGCGCAAGCUGGCGCGGGUGACCCAGGUACGGAAGGAUCUACGUUCUCAUCUCAGCAACCUACCAGACCUUUCUGUGCUCCCCAGUGUGACCGGCGGACAUUUGCACCUGCCCUCAUUGGGCGUCGAGCUUUAUGACCCCACAGCCUGACAGCUCACCUGUGCUUCCCAUCCCUGACCGACCACCCACCCUCUGAUUGACACAUCUCUCGCCCUAUCAUUUAACAUGUGGACAUCACUUCACUUAGUGGACAUCGAAGUCACUUAGUAACCUUUGAUUGACGCAUCUCCCAACCUAUCAUUGGCCAUAUGCUUCUUGCCAUUGCGCUACUGUUUGACGUAGGUUCUCUCAUCCAAUCUUUCCCCAUGUAGUCAUGUUUAUCAAAUACCUCUCUUACCCAUCAUCAUGUAACCCUCCCUUUGGUACAGUAUAUCUCCCUUCUAUUCUCUUCACAAUAGAUCACUCUGAUUGGUAUAGUAUAUAUAAUUUGCGUCCACAUCUAAUGCUAUUUAAUGAAGGGUAUGACCCAUGUUUUCCAUACCUAAUGCACUCUCUUUCUUCCCCUCUGUUCUUCCUCUGAAUACAUAUACUGGUUUGGUGAUUCCCCCUUGGCUUUCACUGACAGUCUUUCCAUGCAGAGGAGGCUGGUGGGCGGAGCUAUAGGAGGACAGGCUCAUUGUAAUGGCUGGAAUGGAAUAAAUGGAACGGAG